GAAAGGGUUGCUGGAACAGAUUCUUGUAGAGGAGGACAUGGAUAGUGAUUAAGAAAGGGUUGCUGGAACAGAUUCCUGUAGAGGAGGACAUGGAUAGUGAUUAAGAAAGGGUUGCUGGAACAGAUUCCUGUAGAGGAGGACAUGGAUAGUGAUUAAGAAAGGGUUGCUGGAACAGAUUCCUGUAGAGGAGGACAUGGAUAGUGAUUAAGAAAGGGUUGCUGGAACAGAUUCUUGUAGAGGAGGACAUGGAUAGUGAUUAAGAAAGGGUUGCUGGAACAGAUUCCUGUAGAGGAGGACAUGGAUAGUGAUUAAGAAAGGCUUGCUGGCAAAGUGGUUCAACUGAGUGUUGUUUUAUAGUGACAAUGAUGCGAGAGUUAUUCAAUCAUAACAGGAGUAACACUUAGAGACCUUUGAACCAUCAGUACCUGUACCGUGAUUGAGUUUGGUGGGACCGAGCAUUGCUGAUUAAGAGGACAAGCCACUUAUAUUUCAGCAAGGAAUUGGUUACUCACAGAUGCUACUGAUAAAACAUCUUUUGGUUCAGGAUAGGAUAUAAUACAAGUUCAAGCCAAUGAAAGGUAUAAUAACUGACCUUUGACCAGCCAGAAUUAUCAGAGUUUGAUCAUGUUGGUUACGUAAGUCAAGAAACUUGAGUCUUUAUGGGAUUUGGAAGAUUAGGCACAACUUGGCAUUCGAAGGAAAUAUUGACAACUGUAGAGUGAUUCAAUUUUUGAUGAAAAUCAAUCGGAUUUAUUGCCACUAAAAGCUCAAAAUCAAUAUUCUGAAAAAACACAAGAGAACGCAAUCAACAAUUGAGAGAAAGAUUGAGAUUUUGAGUGGGAGUUUCCAUCUAAUAUACAGAAGGCUUUAUUUCCACUACAUGUGUUCAUUUAAGCAGCACCAAGUGCAUUCCACAUUUCAUAGCUGGGUUUAAUUCUGGAGGAUUUCGAGCCUUGAUAAGCACCCAUUGGGAAAUUCACUUAGACGUCCUCAACAAAAGGCUGAAAAAUCGACCGAGUCUCUUUAUAAAAUACUGGAAUAGAGAUCAGUGACACACUAGAUCACUUGGUGUCACAGUUACUCAACUGGAUUAAGACAGUAAGACUCCUUGGUGUAUGGUUUAUUCUGAAAACACUGGAUUAACAGAUUAUAUCGUUCAGCCGCAACCAUGUCUAACUGUACUAUACACAAUCAUACAGAGUGCACCGAACACAGUGCUCCAUCUGAUUUCAAUAUUGCUAUUGCUUGUUUGGAAAUCUUCCUCAUUAUAGUCAUACUGUUUGGCAACAUUCUGGUAGUGGUGGCUAUUACAAGCUUCAAACAAUUCCGGACUUCAACAUACUACCUCAUCGCCAGUUUGGCCAUCGCUGACAUAUGUGUAGCCAUCGCGAUGCCGUUUGAUGUUGCCACUUACUUUUACCCAUGGACACAUACUCAGCUUUACAAAUACUUAUGUUUAGUUGAUUUUGGGAUGUCAAUGUUAGCCCUCGCUUCCUCUGUGUUGACAGUUUUCCUGAUAGCCGUAGAUCGCUUCGUUGCAGUCAUGGCACCCAUCUAUUACACAUAUACGAAUAAAGCCAAGCCAAAGAUGGGUCUCUACGGUAUUGCAGUGGUGUGGGUGUACUCCUGCAUCAUAGCCAUUCUACCCAUCGCUGGCAUGAACAACUGGGCCAAGAACGAAGUGUGCCGCCUCGAGAAGACGUUUGUGACGUGGUACUACCUGCUCAUAGCCUUUCACUUGCUCAUUCUAUCACUGAUCGUGGUGACUCUCUACGGGUUUGUCUUCUACUCCAUCUAUGGACAGCGCAAAAAGAUUCAAGCCACCAGUUCAAGUAGUAUCGUCAACGCCUCGUAUAAACGUGAAAUACAGACAGCCAAGUUCAUCGCAAUUAUUCUUGGAUGUUACAUCGCGUGUUGGAUACCUUUUGAUUUGAUUUUGAUUACUCAGCAUUUCUUUUAUAGCAAAAACCUGAUGAUUUAUAAACCGCUUGCUUUCUGUUUGGCUGUGUCACAUUCAGCCAUCAAUCCUAUCAUAUAUUUCUUGAAAAAUAGACAACUGAGGACUGCAUUUCGUAAGAUACUAAAACUACAACAGAAAUCAUCAUGGGAAACGACACCGACAGCAACUGUCAACUCAAACCAAUCAGCUGAUUGUCAAAAAGCUGACGUGUGAAUCUCUUCAAACUUCGUGUCUGUGUAGUGUGAUUUGAUCUUUCUUCAUGUCUCACAUCACUGGUUAUGUUAUGGCUUGCAUUGAAAAAAGAGUUAUGGAAAUCAGUCGAGCCUUUGAUGCAUAUCUAGGGGCCAACCAACACCCAGCGUGUAAAUCCCACUCACAUAUUUGAUAAAAAUAUCUGGUUCAUUAGUUGUAAGUGGAUAUUCAGUGCUCCAGUAAAAUCUAUUUUCCCCAAUUGAAUUAAUAAUAAAUGUACAGGGGAAUAACACAGUGGUGUAUGUCUGGGUGAUGUUUAAUCAUACAUUAUAGGCAGUCAUCAUGGAUACUUGUAGAGCUGUCAUUUAGGUUAGUCUAGUCGAGAAUCCAUGACCUUUCUA